CCUAGUGGCUGCUGACCCCAAGUGGGGCACGGAGUGGAUAGAGCUGCCCCGAGCCCUGGGGCUGUCCCCUCGGCACCCUGCCAAGACCCUGCUCAGGUGGAGCCGCCCCUCCUACCCGCCGUCUGUGGACAGCCAGGACUCAUCCGAGGUGAAUGUUGAAGACACUGUCGAAAUGCUUCCCAAGUCCCGGAGAGCACUCACCAUUCAGGAGAUCGCUGCCCUGGCCCGCUCUUCCCUGCACGGAAUUUCCCAGGUGGUGAAGGACCACGUGACCAAGCCGACGGCCAUGGCCCAGGGCCGAGUUGCCCACCUCAUCGAGUGGAAGGGCUGGAGCAAGCCCAGGGAUUCGCCUUCUGCCCUGGAGUCGGCCUUCUCCUCCUACUCGGACCUCAGCGAGGGGGAACAGGAAGCGCGGUUUGCUGCAGGGGUGGCCGAGCAGUUCGCCAUUGCGGAAGCCAAGCUUCGAGCCUGGUCCUCCGUGGAUGGGGAGGACUCCACGGAUGAAUCCUACGAUGAGGACUUUGGGGCCGGGGCCGACAGCCCCCAACCUACAGACGUAGCCGGGCAGCUGGGGCCCCAUCUCCAGGACCUCCUCUCUGGGCGACGCUACUCGCGACCCUUGCGCCAGGGCUCCUGCGACCCCGAGAGCGACUCCUCGCAGACCGUGUCCCCAGAGACGCUGUGCUCCAGCCUCUGCAGCCUGGAGGACGGGCUCCUGGGCUCCCCGGCCCAUCUGGCCACCAAGCUGCUAACCGAAGAGCUUCUCCUCUCCAAACUGCCCCCGAGCAGGGAAAGUGCCUUCCAGAGCCUGGGCCCCCUGGAGCGCCGGGACUCGCUCUAUUCCGUGUCCUAUACGGAGUCCUGCCUGUCGCCCGCCGAGGACGAGCCCCCGGCCUGCAAGGACUGCCAGCCGCUGUGCCCCGCCCCCGGGGGCAGCUGGGAGUUGCGGCGGAAAGUGUCCGACGUGGCUUCCUCGGGGGUGGUGUCCCUGGAGGAGACCGAGGCCGAGCCCGAGGAGCAGUGAGCGCCGCGCCGACCGCGUGCUUUCCUUGGCCCGGCCGGGGGCCCAGCUCGGGCCGCCUCGGCGGGGGGAGGGGGCGUGAGGCUUCCGGGGGAGCGCCAGCGCCCAGACGGCUCCCAGGCGGCUCCUGCCCCUCCGUGUUCUGUUUUGCAUGAAAGUGUUUGGAGAGGAGGCAGGGGCCGGGGGCCAGGGACGCAUGCUCUGCCCCGACUCCCGGGGUUUGCCGGGGGCUGCCCGGGACCCCUUGAGGCAUCGCUCCAGCUGUGGCAGACUGUAAUGUCCAUGUCCUCACACGUGACGAAACAAAACGUCCUCACACGUACCUCCUCGUCCGCCCUCCCCCAGAGGUGACCCCCCCACGGGGGGCCCUUCUCCCCACUGGGACUCUUCCACAGGAGAGAGGGGGGGCUCGCGUCUCUCUCUCCUCCUCCCGUGCCCCCUGACCCCAUCCCCUCCUUUGUCACCCGGCGCUCCCGCCCCUCCGAAUGUGCUUGAGUGAGUGACCGCCCCGCCCAGCUGGGCCGGCUCCCUCCCCCCUCCCCGCGUCCUGGGAGGGCCCCCCGCCCGGCUGGGUCUGUGUUGUGCCAUGCUCUGUGCUUGGAGGCUGUGCUGCUUCUCACCGUCGCUCAAUCUUCCCCCCAGAGAAAUGGGGUUUCUGGUCUAUCCUUCGGUCCUGGGCCUACCUUGGAGUGGAGGGCACAGGAAUUGAGAAAAAGGAGCCACGAGCCUUCCCUGUCUGGCCUCGCCUCCUUCCCUCCUCUCGGUCAUUGGGACAGCCCGGGGUGGGGUGGGGAGCCCCCAGAACCCAGAGCCAGACCCCCUGGGUCCAGAUUUUGCCUCUGAAGAUCACUUCCUGUUUGACCCUGGCCAAGUCACUUUACCUCGGCCUCAGUUUCCUCCCCUGCAAAAUGGGGGGAGAGUUUAGACUAAAUAGAUGUUAUGGUUCCCCCUCCCCCCCCAGUUCUAAAUUUGGAUUUCAUGAUUUAUUUUCUGCUUAUAUUUCCUUUUCUCUGACUGUCCCCUCCCUCCACUGUCCUUUCUCUCUCCAUCCAGUUUCAUAUCUUUGUUAGGCCCUGAUUCCUCUUCUCCUUUUUCCUUUCCCCUGUAUUUGGGGCCCCCGGGGCUGGGGGAGCAGACCCCACGUACCUCCUCCCCCUCCCGCCUUUUAUCACCGAGCAGUUCUGGCACGUGGAACUGGGGAAAGGGAUGUGUGCGGUAUGUGCCGACAGAAUUCUGGGCCAGGUAGCUUCAGAAAGGGCCAGGGAGGGCGGGGGCUGCAAGGAGCGAAAUCCUGUGUCUGAGGGCUAGAGCUGGACCAAGAGUGCUGGGACUCCUGGAGGAAGGUGGUACCAGGAAGUGUGGCCUGAGCUCAGCCCCGGCCUGGAGCCAGUGGCUGGGCCGGGGCGUCGCUGGUGGGCGGCCACGGACAGAACCCUGAGGAGAUCUCCUUGAGACGUUGGCAGACCGGGCCCUGGAGGCAGGGCAGAGUGUGGCCAGGGUAAGGGCAUGGGGACAGACAUUCCAGGCUUACGUGGCUCAUUAGGGGUUUAUUUUGUUCUAUUUAAGAAUCUGUUUUAUUAAAUUAAUAUAAAAAUCUU